GCCACAACUACACACCACUCGUGCGUGCCCCGAUUACCAUCCCAUCCUCUCGAAAACGAGCAGCUGCCCUGAAUGGUCUCUUACGCGCGUAUGCAGCCUCAAGAACAACCUUUGCCACAAUCCCAGCACGAAAGUUCGAUGGUACGCGAGUGACACCCAAUGAACUCCUACCUUACCCCGCCUCGCACAUGCACCCAGCAUACCUUACCAUCUCCAGCUCCAUCAGUGCAUCACAUCCCCAAUGCCCACCCAUCGAUCCCGCCUGCCCGGCCCGUCAUGGAAUCUCCGCAUCUCCACAUCUCUACAUACAUACAUACAUCUCCCCCGCCUUCGCACGAGCUGCAGGAGCGGAGAAGAGAAGAGAAGAGCAGCCCUUCGCGAAGCUUUCCCAAUGCAGCAUGCACCGCUGCCGCCGCUCAUGGUUCCCCGCACGGCCGCACCCACCACCCUUCUUUCCUUCUUCUUCUUCUUUCCUUCUUCUUCUUCUUUCCUUCUUCUUCUCUUCUUCUCUUCUCUUCUGUUCGUCUGCUUCUUCGUCUUCCCAAUGUUUCCCCGCCCCCGAAAACAAAAGUUAAAACCACACGAUCCCAGCUACAUAACUAAGUUCCAUGGCCAGGCCAGGCCCUUCCCCCGACUUUCGGCGAGCUCGUGCGUGCGUGAAGGCAAGCAGGCAAGCAGGCAGGCAGGCAAGCAGGCAGGCAGGCAGGCAGGCAGGCAGGCAAAUCGUCUCGCUCGCUUGCACACACGGACAGCGCACCACCAGGAACACCCCCGCAGCCCCAGUGCACUGUGCAGAACGAUGCGCUGAGGAGGUGGUAGAUGUCGACUCGGCAUGUACUCUGUAUGAGGUACAUAUGUCCACACCGAUGACGCCCGUCGCCCGGGAAGGGGUCGGGGGUCGGGCAAAACAAAACAAAACACAAACACACACAUGGGCAGAAGGAAGGAAAGACAUCACCGGACGAGUACAUAAGAAGAAGAAGAAGAAG